AUGAAGUUAUCGUCAUUCCUCCUUGCAUUUGUUGGUGCUGGGCAAGCCGUUGCAUCCAAGCAGCCUAACAUACUGUUUAUUCUAACCGAUGACCAAGAUGUGCAUAUGCAAUCGAUGGACUAUAUGCCAUUGCUCCAAAGGCACCUGCUGGAUGAAGGCACACUGUACCCCCAGCACUUUUGUACCGUGGCUAUCUGCUGCCCGUCCCGAGUGAACCUCUGGACUGGUAAAACCGCCCACAACACCAACGUCACCGACAUUUUUCCUCCAUACGGAGGCUAUCCCAAGAUCGUCACUGAGGGCCUCAACGACAACUGGCUCCCCGUCUGGUUACAGAAUGCGGGUUACAAUACAUAUUACACGGGCAAGCUCUGGAACGCACACAAUGUGGACAACUACCACAGUCCCUUCGUGGCUGGCUUCAACGAGUCAGAUUUUCUCCUCGACCCGUACACAUAUGACUAUACGCAUCCUCGAAUGACACGCAAUGGCGCGCCGCCCGUCGCGUACGACGGCCAGUACUCGCCUGAUCUGACUGCUGCCAAGGCCUUGGGAUUCCUGGACGAGGCACUCCUCCAUCAGGACCGGCCGUGGUUCGUCGUCCACGCACCGAUUGCGCCGCACUCGCAUGUCAGUUCCAGUGGCGGCAAUCGUGACAGAGCCGAUCAAAUGCCCAUGUACGCUGAUCGCCACGCGCACCUGUUUAAGGACUAUAAGAUCCCCCGUACAGAGAAUUUCAACCCGGAAGUACAGGGCGGCUACCAGCGUUCCAGGCUCCGAACUCUGCAGAGCGUCGACGAGAGCUUGGACGAGAUGAUUAGGAAGAUCGAGCGGGCAGGACAGCUUGAUAACACAUAUAUCUUCUACACGACGGAUAACGGGUUCCACAUCAGCCAACAUCGCAUGAACCCUGGAAAGGAGUGUGGGUUUGACACUGACAUUAACAUCCCUCUCAUCGUUCGCGGUCCCGGCGUUCCUGCUGGCCACGUUUCGACGGCGGUGACAACACAUACAGACUUGGCUUCCACGAUUCUUCGUCUUGCUGGUGCUCCCAGUGACGAUUCUGACGGAACGCCCAUCCCGCUUAGCGAGGAAGAUGAGAGGAACGCUCGCCGCGACCAUGCGCAGAUUGAGUUCUGGGGCCUGGCGAUUCCUGAGGGCUUGUACGGCGACUAUGGCACCGAUACGCCUGGAGAUGGGUUUUCCGAAGGCGCCCAUUCCUCCAAGUACAACAACUACAAGGGACUGCGCCUCAAGUCGGACGACUACAGCUUGUACUACUCUGUGUGGUGCACCGGUGAAAAGGAGUUCUACGAUAUGAAGAACGACCCAGGCCAGCUUCGCAAUCUUCUUUCGCCAGAGUACGCCCAUAUUGCGUCCUCGUUCACCAUCGCCAACAGGGGAUUCGAAGACAUCAUCCCUCGCCUGGAUGCCAUGACGCUGGCGCUCAAGACUUGCAAGGGUCACGCCUGUAUUUAUCCAUGGCAAGUAAUUCAUCCAGCUGGCGACGUCAACAGCCUGGCGGAGAGCCUGGACCAGCGGUUUGACGCGUUCUACGCCGCGCAGCCCAAGGUUAGCUUUUUGAAGUGCGAGCUGGGUUACAUCCCGGAGAGUGAGCACCCACUUAACCCAAUCCAAUUUGGCGUGGAGAGUCAGAACCAGACGGCAAGCAAGGACGAGCCAUAAAGAGGUAAGACUUAUGUUCGAAUGCUC